AUGUCUGCGAAUUUAAAUUUUAAAGAAAAAAAAUCUAAAAAUUUAGGAAAUUAUACAUUAGGAAAAACAAUGGGUAUAGGAGCAUUUGGAAAAGUAAAAUAAGCAACACAUAUACUUACAGGAGAAUUAGUAGCAAUAAAAAUAUUAGAAAAAGUAAAAUUAUUGAUGUUACAGACGUUGAACGUGUUUAAAGAGAGAUUUUUAUAUUAAAUUAAAUAAGGCAUCCAGCUAUAAUAUAAUUAUAUGAAAUUAUCGAAACACCUACUCAUAUUUUUUUAGCAAUGGAAUAUUGUAGUCAAGGAGAAGUUUUUGACUAUAUUGUUAAAUGUUAAAGAUUAAAAGAAAUUUAAGCAGCUAAAUUUUUUUAAGAAAUAAUAUAUGGAAUUGAAUAUUUACAUAAAAUAUAAGUUGUUCAUAGAGAUCUGA